GCACCGAUCAACAAGUCUCGCCUAACAACUGUUGGAGAGAGGCGACGUCACCGUCACCUAACGCCGGCUUGGCCCCUUCCUGUCUGCUUCUAUUCUAUUCUACCUCUACUCUUCGUUUCGUCUCGGGUGACAGCUCGUCCCUCCUCUUCCACUAGGGUAGUGCCAACAGUACUUUCCUCCCCCGAAGAACUCACGUCCUCGUCUUCGUGCACUGUUCGGUGACUCGUCCGGCCCGAGAAGUGUUGUCAGAGACUCAGCUACGCCGUCACUAUCGAUCCCUCAACAAGUGCGAGUUAUAAACAAGUGUUUCGUCGCGAUACGAGUGGAGAGCCCGAGUGAAUCCACAGGUUGCCGCUGAAGAAGCUGUUAAACCGAGGUUAACGUUACUGCAGGACCCAUCGAUCCUGCGGCAGUAUCGGACACGACACCCGACUCGCAGGCGAUGAAUGAGGCCGGUCGAUACGUGCUCUUGUAAUGAAUAACACAAAGGGCAGAGGGUCGCAACACCUGUUGACAGAUCGAUAACACCCACUCUGAAACGUUGUCUUAACCAUCCUUCAAUCUCACUCUUCACCGUCUACUCGUUCUCCUUCUCAACUCUCUGAAUUUACCAAGUGCAACGAAGCAAUACAGUGCCGAAAGUAUACAAGUAACAUGUUUUAUUUCAAUUGAGUCGUGUUCAGUUCAUUGUGUUCCGAGUGCCGGGUAAGAUGCCACGCUGUUACAUGGUGAAGAAGUCUUGCAACAAGUACCAGACACCGGUCAGGGAUACGGUGUGGUCUCCGCCACCCCCGGUACUUCCUGCUCCCUCGGCCAGUCCUCCCAGCAACCGUGUCCAGCAGGAAAGACCGAUGGGUUACAUACAAGAGUUCAUACCGGAAGAAAGGUGUCUUCGGGCGCAGGAGGUACUUGGCCACGACGGAGGAAUUCCCAUUUUCCGAAUGAGAAGUAUAGAAGAGACUGAAGCUGCUCACGACCUACUGGAGUUGUCGAGGUCACUUCCACCCCUGCCCGCCCCCAGCGUUGUCACCGUUCCCAGCGAUCCUGUUGCCGCAUAUCGACCUCCAACCCCCGUCACGGUCGUCCAUCCCACAGUCAAAUAUCCUCAGAUCAUCCAAGAACCCGUACCGGUAUACCACAUAUACGAGGCUCAGGCCACCUGUUACCCCGCACCCCAGCCUCCGUUAACUCCUCCAACUUCGGAAUACUCGUCUGACGCCGAGAACAACAAUCCAAACCCCCAGAACUCCGAAACUACCCAAAUAACAAACGCCGCAGUGAUAUACACCUACGACGCCCUCCUAGUGUCGGACGGUAGAUCUAAAAACAAAAACACCAAAAAAUGUGCUCCAUUAAGUCCGUCCUCGUCGGAAGACAGUAUGACCACCGAGCGCGACGGUGACGACGUCAAGUCCGGUAGAUACACAUGUUCAGAGUGCGGUAAACAAUAUGCCACGUCGUCAAACCUGUCGAGGCAUAAGCAGACACACCGCAGCCUGGAUUCUCAGUCGGCCAAAAAGUGCAUGACUUGCGGCAAGGCGUACGUCAGCAUGCCGGCACUCGCGAUGCAUCUGCUGACGCACAAGCUGACGCACGGCUGCAGCAUAUGCGGCAAACUGUUCUCGCGACCUUGGCUACUGCAAGGACACCUUCGCUCACACACGGGAGAGAAGCCCUACGGGUGCGCUCACUGCGGCAAGAGCUUCGCCGACCGUUCCAACCUGCGCGCGCACAUGCAGACGCACUCGCUCGACAAGAACUUCGAGUGUACGCGAUGUCACAAGUCCUUCGCCCUCAAGUCCUACCUCAACAAACACCUCGAGUCCGCAUGUCUUAAGGACGACGACGAGCCUUCUCAAGGGCAUUUUAUAGACGUCGAGUAGCAGCAAAGGAACUUUUCAGUGAUUCAGUUCGCCGGUGUUCUUCCCGAUAAUGUGAAGGCGGACGAAUCACUUGAAAAGAAUUAAACAACUCCAAAAUGAAUUUUUAAUACUCAUUAUUUUUAUGAUAUCGGUUCAUAUCGAAACACCGCAGAUUGGUAUGACAAAAAGACAUUUUUUAGGGAGGCAGAACUAGUCUACGGUGCUAACACUACGAAUGUCCAGUUCUACAAAACUAUGUGUUAUUCCUAACGUUUGUGAUAUAAAUUAACUAAAUUAAAGGAUAAUAUGAGAGUAAGCGAAUGUGUUUAAAAAUGGAAUAAAGUUAAAAAUUUUAUAUUUAUUAUAAAGAACUUCAGGAUUAUUUUAAAUUUUAACGAUAAUGGAUAUGUUUACUAGUAACAGAAUCCAUUAAGUGUAUUAAUUUGGACGAGUGCCAUAUUACAAUUAUUGUUUGAGAAAAUAAAACCAAUUAACUUUACUAACUACACAUACACAUAUCAAAAACUAAUAAAUGUCCGAUAAACAGCUAUGUACUUGUCAUAACUUGCAUAGCUCUUUUGUCACUUAUAAAAGCUCAAAGAUCAAAAGGAAUGAAAUAACUCUUAGUCAUUACAGGGGCCUUAUUUCAAAACCUUCAAUAUGCUCUGUUUAUUUUGGUUGACUGAGUUCAGCCGCCUAUUGGAAUGUAACAAGAUAAUUCAUGUUUUGUGUAUUGAUAUGCCAAAAACGUAAAAUAAUUUAUGUGAAUGUAAAACAAUAUUUUCGUAUGUGUUAAAGCAGUUUUGUAUGUCAAUUUAAGGAAGUAACCAGUGGAUUGUAAACUAGUCAACAUGUGAUUGUCUACAUUUUGUGCUUUUAAAAGGUUUAACAUGUUUGUAAUAGUAAGCAACGUAAGUGGAGGGCUGAGCAGCGCUAAGUAAAACACUACAAACUGGUGUUGUGUUAGAAUUGGAAACUAAGGAAAGCUCGCAUAGGAACCAAUUUUAAUGUUUACGAGUUUGCAUUGACGUAGUCUUAAGAGUUGUAUUCCAAAGAUAUUUCAGAAGUCUAGUCAGAAGCUUUAUAGUUCUCUUAUUGUAGUGAUAUAUAGAUGAUUUUUUAAUUUAUUUAAACAACGAUAUAAGUAGAUAUUUUAGAUCUCCCAUUUAGAUAGAUUCAACUAGAUUUUUACAUAUAAGUAAUGAUGACAGUUUUGAUAUUUUUCAAAUCAUGACGUAAUUACUCGUACUUAGCCUAUUUACCUGCUCAAAAUAUCGUUUAUCACCAAGAUAUAAUAAACUUAUUAGAGUAUAAAUAUGCAUUCAGUGUAUAUGAUAUUUUAUAGACUGUAUUACUAUAGCAAUGUAGGUAUUUUUGGAUAAUACAGAGUGCGCUAUAUGUGAGGUUUGUAGAAUAGUAGGCGGGACGUAGAAGAAAUCCUGCAAUUUAAUUCCUUGUGUUUUGUACAUACUUAGCAUUCACUCAUCUCAUAGUGUUUAUAUCAUAUUGAAGUAAGUAUCUUUUUGAAACCGCUUUUAAUGAAUGAAAAUAUUUUGUGAUAAUUGAGCAAAUUUAUGAAACAGACACCUAGAAUAUGAAUUUUAAAGACGUUGGGUUGAUUGACGUUUGUUUGCUACAAUACUUUUUGCUUCGCUCGGUACAACGAACAUUGGUUUUCUUUUUUGUUUUUUAUAAAUAAUGUCAUUAUUGUGAGUGUGGUACAAGAGCAAAAGCCAAUGCGUAGUCACAUUUAUUGGAGUUAUAAAAAACUAUCCGUGUAGAAACGAUGCACUGAAAUAAAGUCAAACACACAUUAAGCGUUACAUUGCAUAGUAAUGUUUUUAUUGGUCACAGUGAAAUUAAAUAUUUAAUAGUUUACUGGUAGUUACAAAAACUUAAAUUACCAUGAUGAUGACAUAUUGAGACACAAUAUUUAUGUUAUUGGAUUUAUAUGUUUCGUAUGGCAUACAUAAAUACCUUUUCCUCAAAAACGUAUUAAAAUAUCUUGUUAUUUGAGUUAAUGAGGCUUAAAAAUGGGAAAAAAUAAAAACUAUAUCUUAUAAAUAAUUUUCUAUUUGUAUGUAUAAUUUUGUAUAUUUGCACCGUUUUCAGACAGAUUAACUUUUAGAUUAAAAUAUCUUUAAGCAAAAAUACAAGAAAUAGUUGUUUUUAUUACUCAGAGUUAUGAGAUAUAACGUGAAAUAAUAUUUAAAGUACAUUAUAUAAUAUCAACUAUACAUGAUAAAUAUAUAUCGAGUUGUUGUUUACAUCUAACCAUAUUCCGAAAUUGAAAAUCAAUCAUUGUGUUUUUUGAAGAAGGACAAAUCCUUUGUCUGUUUGCUUGAUUGUUACGGUCGAUAGUAAAACGUAUCUCCUAGACUAUAUAACAUAUAUACGAGGAAUACAGCAGGAAAAUCCGUUUAUCCGCACUUUAUCGCAAAACUAAGCUAGCAGUGAUAUCUGUCACAGUAACUUGGUUGUAUAUAGGUCGCUACGAAUCCUGCAGUAAGCAAUUAUUAUUAGAUGAAUCCAUAACUCUACAUUCCAUCAGGAUGCUCUAAUGAGGCUCUAGGCCGGGUCUAUGAUAGAAAUUCAAAUAGAGCGUAAAGAUUUAGGCUCAUCUGACGUUUCCUCUAUUUUAAGAAGAGACCAAUCCCGUUUCACCCUCAUCACGAGUCAUAUUCCAUAGGCAAAGAUCUUAUCUUUUUUAGGCAGAAUAAUAAAUGUGGAUAGUGUAACUGUUUCCAAGAUAAACACUAGAACAGGCAUAGAAACGAUAUUAUUGAUCCCUUAAGUAUAAUUUUAAUCCAGUAUUAGUCCCGAUUCGAAUUUCACUAUUUGAAAUGACGAGGAAGAUGGUAUUUAUGUUGUUAAGGUGGUGUAAUUAUUUUGGUUUGGAAAAUACUAAUUUAUUUAAAUUCGUAGCUUUAAAUAAAAUAGCUUCUCAGAAUACAGUAAAAUGUGCUGUUGAUCAUACCUAGUGAAAUUACUGGCAUUUUAAUUAUAAAAUUCAGGCACUUGUAAUCAGUUCUAAAUAAAAAUGCCUAGAUAUAAAAAUGUAAAAUUUUAAAGGAUGUUCAUAAGAAAUAACUUGAGGGAGUGAUAUGUUUUUAAUUAUAAAAAAUUAAUUUUAAUAACAUAGAAAGAAAUAUUUAAGAACAUUACAAUUUGGCGUGCCAAACCUAACACCAUCUUUUCAAUAACGGCGUUUACAUUUUCUUCAAUUAUACUUUGUUUUAAAUAUAUAAUUUCCUUAAGCCACAAAGAAUGAAAAACUUGUUGCUUAGUGUUGCUUUCGCAUUUUGUGAGCCAGAUUACAAAAUAGCUAACUCUAAAUGACUUUAAUUACGUGAGGAGUGAUUACAAAAUAUUAUACUUUUUCUGGAUUUUGAGAACCUGUAAUUUUGUUCCUAACCCAAAAUCUAUUGCAUCACUCUCAAAUGUUACAAUUUAAUUAGGCUCAGUAACACUAUUUUUAAACGUUUUAGUUUUUUAAUCAAUACUUGAAUGUGACUACGUGUUUAUGGCUAGAGUUCCGCAGCGCAGGGUCGAGAGGAGUUAUUCGAGCAAUAAAGGUAGUCAGUAGUGCAACAGAUUGCUCAGAUUCUGUAAGUUAGACAAUAUAGUGUAACUCCAUUUACACAUUUAGUGAAACUGAUAAAUUUGCCAUUAUGCUUUUUGUAGUUCGCUGCACGUCUUAUUUAUAAUGCAUGUAAUGAGAAUUAAUUUUGCGACAUUGUGAUAUUUUGCUGGAUCAAUUCUUUCACCUUCAUAUUCGAUUUUCGAAAUGUAUGAUAAAUAAAUACACCAAAGACGAUUGAGUAUCUAAAUGGGGAGAGUUGAGUACAAGGUUGUUGAAUUAGAUAUCUGUUCACUUUAAAAGUGUAUAUUUUAGUUGAUAUUUAAGAUUAUCUUUACAACUAUGAACUUAUUUAUGUUGUCCAACUGCCAUCACAAUUACAAAUUAAUUAAUAAUAUAUUUUUAAUAGUUUUUUUAGCUUUAAUCUAAUCUAAUAAGAAUUAUUAUUAAUAUUAAUUUAGGUUAUCAUUGAUCCUUACCAAAACCAAUGCGUGUUUUCUUCCUAUCUCAUGUUACCUCAGUUUUCUAACCCAAUAUGCCAUAGAGAUAUUAGUUGUAAGAUGUGUUCCUUUACAACAUUAGUUAUGUAUGAUUUAAGAAGUCGAGGCUUUCAGUGACUUCAGAAAUGUAUUUUGUAUCUUUAUAGAAAGUAGACUAGAGCGCAUGACUAGGGAAACUUGAACAUGAAUUUAACAGUUCUGUAAACACCAAUGCAAAUUAAUUAUUUUCAACUCAUAUACGAUAUUGUACUCUGACGUUAUCAUGCAUUGUUAUUAUGACGACUUGUGAACAAAGGUAAAAUAAUGGCAAUAAAAUAGCAAUAUUACGUAAA